AGUGUGCGAGCAUUACGGGCGACAUGUAGACGUGUGCUAAAUAAAAAAAAAAAAUGUAUAUAUACGCGCGAUGAAUCACAAAUUACAGGCUUUAAUAUCCGUGAGAAAUGGCGCGCUUUGUAUUUUGAACGAUUUUUUCCAUUGAUUGCACCGUUUCGUUGUGUCCAGUUUAAAAUUCGAUAAUGUUUAAGUGAAGUGAAAACCGAAAAUCCUAAAAAUGAUAUGUUAAAUCGAAUGAAUGAAUUUAACUUUUACGUCAUCGCAAUAAUUUUGAUGAGUGCCAAUAAAUUACCACCUACGACAUACAUAUGUAUAAGCGACAUAAAUAUGUUUUCGUGAAAAUGCCGAAUUGAUAUCUAAAGUUGAGAACGUCUUGUGAAAGUAAUAUAAUUUAUUGUUAUUACGUUUUUUUUUUCAAAAUGGCAGAUCCCGAAAAUGCUGCACAAAAAGAAGUUAUUGAAGAAGAGGAGGGAACGGAAUUGGAACUAGAGGCAUUAUACAGAAGAUACUGUGUCCGACUCAAACACGCGCUAUUUGUGUCAGCACUGUGUGUUACAUUAGCGUGCUGCGUCACAUUGCUGACGAUCGUCUGCAUUCAGCAUUCACAAGAACUGUCAACUCAAGUGAAGGCCAUCACGACUCUCUCGGUCAUAACCUUCGUGCUCACCAUAGUUCUGUGCUUGGAGUUGCUGCCGGCUGCAGCAGAGUGUGAGACCUUGGCGCUAUCAGGCUCGUUACUUGUGACAGUAUGCCUUGGGGCUGGUACUCUUGUAGCAACCAAUCACGCACCGCUGCCUCUCUUUGCUUUGAUUUUGAUGGUGCACACGAUGAUGCCCAUAGCUAGAACGAUAGCGUUGGUUAUCUCUGCUGUCCUGACGGUCGCCUACGCGGCUUUGGCGGUUGGGGUGCGUCCCGAGACCGAAGUGCAUUUUUAUCAUCAGUUGGUGUGCGAGUUAGCGCUUCUGCUCUCCGCGAGUGGGAUCGGAAUGUACUACCGCGCGCUGACCGAGAGGGCGCACCGGAAUACCUUCGCCGGCACCAGGACUUGUCUUGAACAGCGCGUGAAGUUGGAGUGCGAGAGGGAGCAGCAGGAACGACUGCUUCUCUCCGUCAUACCAGCGUAUAUUGCUGCUGAGGUAAAACGUUCGAUUAUGCUGAAAAUGGCGGACGCGUGCGUCGACACGUCGAAGCAGACACGCUUCCACAAGAUGCACGUGCAGAGGCACAACAACGUCAGCAUACUGUACGCCGACAUCGUGAACUUCACGCCGUUGUCGGAACGACUCAGCGCAUCGGACCUGGUGAAGACUCUGAACGAACUAUUCGGGAGGUUCGAUCAAAUUGCACAGGAAAAUCAGUGUAUGAGAAUCAAGAUCUUGGGUGAUUGCUACUACUGCGUCUCCGGCUUGCCAGUUUCAAGACCUAACCAUGCUUUCAACUGCGUCAAUAUGGGCCUACAAAUGAUUGACGCUAUCAGAUUCGUCCGUGAAGCGACAGGCUUUAACGUGGACAUGCGCAUCGGAAUCCAUACUGGGAACGUCCUUUGCGGCGUGUUGGGACUUCGGAAGUGGCAGUUCGACGUUUGGAGCGAUGACGUCACGUUGGCGAAUCACAUGGAAUCCGGCGGUAUUGCCGGGCGUGUGCACAUUACGAAAGCAACGAUGCUCCAGCUAGGUGGAAAAUUUGAAGUCGAACCAGGAGACGGUGCGUCGCGUGAGGGUUACCUCGCUGAUCACAAAGUGGAAACGUACCUUAUUGUUCCUCCGAAGAAGCCUUCGGAAAACGGUCGCCUCUCCAUAUGCACGGUAGACCGCAAAGCCAGUAUUGUUUCAUCGUUGUACCAAGAAACGUCACCGACGAGAGCGAAGGACAACAUUAGUCCGGUACCCUCGCAGCACAGCUUCGUUGAAGACAGCGUCAAAGUUCUCAGAUCAGAGUCGAUGAGAGUGGAGCCAGCGCGAACGGAGUCCAUUAGAAUUGUCGGUGACCUGAGCCGAAGAGCUUCGGUAAGAGUGGACGGUCCAAAAUCAGUGGCCUUUGAAAGUGGUCAUGUGGCGACCAGCUCUGGUGAAGGCCUCAGCAAUGGAAGCGCGGUUGCUAUUAAGCCAAAGAGUCGAAGUGGUUCCAUUAUUGGAGCCAUCAGCCCUAUCAUGGGAACUGCUACUCCCGGGAUCCCUUCGCGAUCUCGUCCUUCGAGUAGAAUGACAAAAUACGUAGAAUGUUGGGGAGCGGACAAACCUUUCGCUAACAUAACUGAUUCUACUCUAGCGAAAAACAUUGGAAUCUCUAGCUUAGCAAUGAUCGAACAGAACUUACUGCCUCAGCGUACCAAUUGUUGUGACUGCAGCAACAACACCGAAGGCAUAAACCGUGUGACGCUCUGGUUCAAGAACAGCAAUCAGGAACGACAAUAUAGGAACCAAUCGGACACGCAGUUCAAGUAUAACAUCGCCUGCGCAUCGCUACUGUUCACGUUAUUGGCAUUCACCCAACUACUCACCGUACCGAAGGGCAUAGUUCUGUACGCGUCGUUCGGUCCAACGUUUGUAACGUUGAUGGUAUUCGUGUAUUUGUCUUGGUAUGAUGAUAAUCUCUUCAAGAGAGGCCUCCGUCCGCUCUCGGAUGUACCGAUCAUGGACGACUUAUACGCCGACACAUGCACAAAGCCUGGACAGGUUGUAGCCAGCAAUCGCUUCAUAAGGCUAACGAUGUUCCUUGUGUCCGUCGCACUGAUCGGAGCCUGUGCGGUUAUCAAUUUGUUCCAAACAUACGUAUUCGAAGACGAUUCAAUCGAAUUAACGAAUGCGACUGAAAACCGAAACAUAUCGGAGGAAUUCAACAUCAGCGCUGCACCGGUCGAAGAAUUGGCGAGGUUGAAUCAAUUCGAUUCGGCGCCGAGCUACGUGUACAGCUCGGUGUUCACUCUGGCUUCCAUCUCGGUGUUCCUUCGGAUCGGCUACGUGCUCAAGCUGCUGAUGAUGUGCAUCACCCUCGCCGCUCACAUCACGCUGUUCGUCUCCGCCGAGGUCUUCAGCGAAUAUUUUAGCGGGGACAUGGAGUAUGAGUUCUCGAUGUUCCCGUACGCCGCGAAGACAGGCAUGAUCCUCAUAUUCUUGGCGGUGCUGCUGCACAUCCUCGACCGCCAGAUAGAGUUCACCUCCCGCACUGACUUCCUCUGGAAAGACAAGUUGAAGUUCGAACAGGAGGAAGUCGAGACUAUGAGAGGAAUUAACAAGAUUCUUCUUGAGAACAUCCUACCGGCUCACGUCGCUGAGCAUUUCCUCACGUCAGUCGCUUCAGAGGAGGACCUUUAUCACGAGCGCUACUCGAGUAUAGCGGUCAUGUUCGCUUCGAUACCGAACUACAAGGAGUUUUACGACGAGACCGACGUCAACAAGCAAGGGCUCGAGUGCCUGAGGCUGCUCAACGAAAUCAUAUGCGACUUCGACAAGUUACUCUUAAAACCGAAAUUCAGUUGUAUAGAAAAGAUAAAGACAAUAGGAAGCACGUACAUGAUUGCGUCAGGGCUGAGUCCCGGGAAAGAAGAGCAGAUCGAUGCGAACACACGGGAGGAGCACACGGUCGCGAUCCUGGUGGAGUUCGCGUUCGCGCUGAUGACCAUACUCGACCAGAUCAACAGGGAGUCGUUCCAACGGUUUAAGCUCAGAAUAGGACUAAGUCACGGGCCGGUGAUAGCUGGGGUGGUGGGUGCCCAGAAGCCUCAGUACGAUAUAUGGGGCAACACCGUGAACGUCGCAUCGAGGAUGGACUCCACCGGCAUCAUGGGAAAGAUCCAAGUCACCGAGGACACUGCUAAAGUCCUAAUGAACGCCGGAUACAAAUGCGAGUGUAGGGGACCGACAUACGUGAAGGGCAAAGGGACUCUUGUGACGUACUUCGUGAAAACGCCUAAUGUUGGUUAAGGAGGAUAUUAGAUCUUAAAAAUAUUGUAAUUUUAAUUAACUUAAAGUUUCAUGUAGCAUAAUUUCUCAAUUUUUCGAUGUCUAGGCAUGACGCCUCAAAAGACAAACUGACCAUAGAUUUUUAGUAUUAAAUAAGUAUCUUGUUUUAGUGUUCUUGCCAAAGUUAUUUUUAUAAGUACACAAACUACGAGUUUAGUCUUAUGUAAUAUGUAUGUUUAUUUCAAUUAUAAUUAUUAGUCCUAGGUUAUUAAUCUUAAUUAAUCCGAUUCAAAUAAAAGAAAUACGUUUUGAUAAAUCGAAUUUUUCCAUUCGAACAAUGUGUAAGUAAUAACCGAUCAAAAUACUUCUUAAUCCAACUCUUCCUUUACGAUUAUGACCUUUUUGUUCUAAAUGAGCAAACAAGCUCAAAGCUCACUUGUGUGCUUAGUACGAGUUUUUUAAUGUUCUCGACAGCGUAAAAGUUAACUCAUAUUUGUAUGGAAUGGGAUCGUUUGCGUACGUUUGCCGCUAGGGGCGCUGUUCCAAUUGCAUACAAAAUUGGCUUAUCUUUUAUGCCAUCGAGAACGUUAAGAAACUCGCACUAAGCACACUGGUAUUAGAUUACCGGAGCUUGUAGACACCAUAAUAUAAAAGCCAUCAUCUUGAGACAUGAGGUCGAAAUCUCGUAACGGUUAAUAGCGUCCCGACUUUCAAAACCGAAAUGCUUACUUCUUUGCGGCAAAAUUCUUUAAACUACCUGCGAGGGCUUAAGAACAGACUUGGUCGCGACGAAGCAAAUAAUGAAGAUGUUUUUUUUUCUUUAUUCCCUACCUACUCGCUGGUAGCCUAAGGGGCUAUUUGAUUUAGAUUUGUUUUUUUUCGACGUGUAAUCAUUGCUCGAUAAUGUUCAAUAGGUACAUGUUCCUUUUCAAUAAUUCAUAAUAUUUUAUGUCUACGAGUAGGCUAUCUCAGUGGCUCUCAAUCAUCGGGAUAUAUAGGUGUGUUAUUUUAAUUAUUGUUGCAUAAAUAAGGAGACCGAAGGAAUUGUAAUUGCAAAUUUUGACAGUUCAAAACUGUCAAAUAUUUUUCCCGCGAUUAUGUACGCAAGGGUGGCGCGAAUUUGUAAAUAAUAUUAUAAAAGAUUGACAGCUGCUGGAUGGGGUAUCCUUUUAGUAGUAUUAAUAUUUGCUUGCACCGUCAUUUGUAAUGUUGUCAUGCAAAUGCAAAAUAUUUAGAAAAUCAAACACUCAAUAGUUUGAAAAUGUUGCUCUUUAAUUAAUAAAUGUUAUUAGAUGCUAAGGCUGUAGAAUUAUUUUUAUAUUUGCAUUUAAAUACAUAAGCGAUUGAAGUUUAUUUAUUUAUUUAUUGUUUAAUAUGUUAGUGCAUAGUUAAAAAAAAUUGCUUAGUGGUGCUAAUAAAUUUUCGUUUCAAUUAAUUAUGUUAAUCUCACGACAUAAUGACAUAUCGGAAAGGUAUGGAGAAUGUUGCGAAUGUUACGAAUUUAUGUUAAAAAUUGUUCUAGUUACCUUAGUAUUAUUAGUCAUCAAAAUAAACAUGAACUACGUAUCGAAGUACAGGUAACCUUUCUAUAAUACGGUAUUUUACAACACGAUUCCACUUUAACACGGAAAGAAAAUUUCCCCAAAACUCUUUUCUACAACACGAUGACGAGAUUUUGUUUAAUAAAAAUAAGGCAAGAUCGAGUGGAGACAACUUGUGUGUGAGGGCCCAAUGUACCAGCGGGGUACCCUAGGACUGCAACAACAACAACAUAAAAUAAUAGUAUAAAAAAACUAAAAAACACGCAAUAUAUAAAAUUCAACCAAAAAAUAGAAAAUAAUUUUAAUAAAUUUAAAUUGAAAAUAGUGUAAAAAAUAUUUUUUAUUUUGUAGGGUGCUUUUUAAGAUAUUAUUGAAAUAAUAAUUCUUCUACUCAUAUCUGUCAGAAAAAUAUUUAUAACUAUAUUAUCAUCGAGAUCUACGAUCGAUGUAUAUUAUGAUAACACCAUGCACCCCACGCUUUUUUUUACAAUAAAAUAUUUUUUUACACAAUUUUCAUUUUAAGUUUAUUAAAAUUUAUUUUCUAUUUUUUAGUUGAAUUUUAUACAAAGCGUGUUUUUCAGUUUUUUUUUAAUUUUAUUUAUUUAUCAUUUUUUAGUUGAAUUUAAAUUUAUUCAAUUAUUUUUUAAAAUAUUGAAUUGCCAUCGGUCCUCGAUAAAUCUUCAAAGUUUGAAUGAAAUCGGGCCGUUUAAACUGGGUCAAAAUCGCGUCUAAAGGAGUCAGUUACAAACAAACAAACAUACAUACAAGUGAAGCUAAUAUAAAGCGUGUAAAUUUUUGCCAAUGUCACAGUCUGCAAAAAAAUAGCAGGCGCUUAGAGAAAUAAAAAUCUAAAUACAAAUAAAUUUGAUCAGUUUUUCCAUACGCGAAUCUUUAAUUUUAAGAACAGCACAAACAAAUAUGUUAGACUAACUACUUUAAAGAUAAAUAAUAAUAUAGAUAAAAAUUUACAUAGAAUAUUUACAUGGUUAGAAUAUACUAAAAUUAAUAGAGAAUUAUUAUUAAUAAUAGGCUGGGGGAGGAUUUUUAUUUAAAAUUAUUUAGAAAAUGACAUUACUCACUAUGAACACAAUUAAAAGGAAUAACCGAAAUUUUAUUGAUUAUUUUUUAUGUAUAAUAGAUAAAAAAAGACUUAGAGGCAAAGUUUUUCACUUUCCCCCCUUUGCCUUUUCAUGGGUUCUGUCUCAUGCGAGGUUCGGACGUGGGUUGUUGAGCGACAGGAGGUUUUAGUCAGUUCGACUCCGACAUGCCCCGCCCUUCAUCCCCAGGGGAGGGCAGAAGUCCGGCGAUUUCCUCCUGACCAAAAAAAAAAAGAGGCAAAGUUUAAAUGUUUCAUUGAGAAAAAUUAUUCUCUUUUUUGUACUGGCUUCUAGUCUCAUAUAACAUGGUUUUGCACAACACGGGACUGUAGGGACGUAUCUACCGUGUUAUAGAAAUGUUACCUGUACUGAAAAAAUACACUUUUACCAUCAAUAUUUAUUUGGUAGGUCUAAGUAUUUUGAAUAAAAUCGCCACGUUAACUCAUACUCUGAAAUAAGCAGCUGUGUUUCGAUAUUGCAAUGUGCUUUUUACAACAACUCCAGAUGAGUCCUUGGUCAUAGGCAGCGCUGUGUUUGUACUCUUACCAUUGCCUAUGUCCAUGAACUAUAAUAGAUGCUAAUUAAACAAGUUGCCAGAUUUCGCUCGCAGUAAAAUAUCGUUUGUCAAUAGUUUUUACUUAUUUUAUGUGUGACAAACAUUAGCAUUUAGGGUUUCACAAAUGAAUUAGCAUGAUUUAUUAAAUUUUAUAGACAUGUAAUUGUUAUAGAUAAUAUUAUUUUUUGUGUACUUUGGAAUAAUUAUUAGUUUGAGAUUUCAAAUUUUUUUUAAAAAAUUUAAAAAAAAUAAUUUAGUCCUAAUCUUUAGGAUGGCUAGCAUAAUUUUAUAUUGAUAUGGCAGAUGUUAUUAUACUUGUAUUCUACUUUUAAUUUUGUAUCUAGGCCCAAUUAUAAAAAAUUCACUGUACAAUUUUGUAGAAAAAAAAAACAUAAAAUUUGGAAAGUAUUCUAAAGAUAGUAAGAUAAUGUCAAACAAUUAUAGUAACCCUUCUUUCAACAAUACAGGGCAAAUACAUACCUUGGCUAUCAUUUUUUUGCCUGUUCUAUCACAAAAUAAUAUGUUAAUAGCCGUUUAAUACACAAAAGGAUUGAUAUUCAAUAGUAUUUUAUUUUUUAAUGGCUUUAGUCUUGCUGCAGAAUUAUAUUAUAUCUAUAGUUUCAACAUAUUACUUUCUACAUUUUAUAUAUUUCACUCUGAUAUUUGUAUUUUUUAUGACUAACUUCCAGGAGUUCUGUAUUGAUUUGGUAAAAUUGUUUCAAAUAAAAUAAUUAAUCCA